CACAGACCGUCGGGAACGCCAGGCCUGACUGACCGGUGCGAGGUGAGUGCUGUCCGUUGCAGCUUCUCCAGUGCCGUGACCGGACUGACUGUCCUGUGACCCGGAGCCCGGCUCCGCUGAAGGCCGGCCAUGGCGCCUUCGGUGGCGGUGAUCGGCGCCGGCGUGAACGGCGUGGGGGCGGCGCUGGCCGUCCAGGAGGCCGUGCCCGAGGUCAAGGUCACGAUCGUCACCGCCGAGCUGACGCCCGACACCACCGGCGACGGGUCGGCCGGCUUCUGGGGCCCGCGCUCCAUCGACGGAGACCCCGUGCAGAUCACCUCCUGGGGCCAGCGGACACACGACUUCCUGCACCAGCUGUGGCUGGAUGGCCAGUGUCCGGGCGUCGGCGUCCUGCCCGCCUACGACGUGGCGGAUCAGCUGGAAGUGCCCUACUACAGCGCCGUCCCCUUCGCCUACGAGGUGAUGAGUGAGCGCGCGCUGCGUGAGGCGGGCCACGCCGGCAAGCAGGGCCACCAGUACGUCACCCUGUACGCCGAGCCGACCAAGAUGCUACCUUUCCUGAUGGAGCGCUUCCUCGCGCGCGGCGGGCGCGUGCUUCGCGCGAAAGUCGAGCGGCUCGAUCAGCUGGCCGGCUAUGACGUCAUCGUCAACUGCAGCGGGCUGGGCGCGCGUGACCUCGUCGGCGACGACAAGGUCAUGCCGGUGCGCGGCCAGGUGGUCAAGGCGGCGGCGCCGGCCAUCAAGGCGGCCAAGUUUGACUUCCCGGCCACGUACGUGAUUCCCAACGAUGACGUCGUGGUGCUGGGCGGCACGGCGCAGCGCGGCGACUGGCGGCGCCAGGUGGACCCGGCCGACACGGAGCGCAUCCUGGCCGGCUGCCGGCGCUGGAUCCCGAGCCUGGGCGCGGCACUGACCCAGCGCGUCUGGGCCGGGCUGCGGCCGUACCGGCGUGGCGGCGUCAGGCUGGAGACGGAGCGGCGCGCCGUGGCCGGCCGCCUCGUGCCCGUGGUGCACAACUACGGCCACGGUGGCUCGGGCGUCACCCUCUUCUGGGGCUGCGCGCUGGAUGUGGCGGAGCUGGUCAGACGGGAGGUGGCGGGUGAGGCGCGGGCCAGCAGCAAGCUGUAGUCGCCCGGCGGUGACCGUGGGCUGAGCGCUCAGCAGGGAGGGACCGCUAAUACUGCUGCUGGCAUUCAGUACCGUAAACGGCCAGAGCCAACAGAGGUGGGAAAGAAGCGGGCCUCCCAAGCAAGUUUGAGGCUGUGUAUUAUUAAAAGGAAAGCAAUUUAUCUGUUUUGGCCCCAAUUAUCCAGGGGAAAGGGGCAGGUGGGACAUUUCCCUAAUCUCCAUGAAUGUGAGUGGGCUGGCGAGCAGUGACGCGACGACGCUGCAACGUGUCGCUGGUGUGUGCGGCGACGAAGGUGCGGCGACGUGUCGCCGCACCUUCGUGUCGCUGGUGCAAUACAAAGUGUAUUCGGUUCAGCCAUGAGUUUCGGCCCAAGUGAAGUCAAUUAAUAGAGCCGCGAAAUGCAUUUAGCUUAUUGCUAAGAACGUGGAUAUUUAACUUAUCGCGUCAUGAAUAUUCGGGGCCUUGUACUUGUAGGGGCAAAUAGCCAACUAAAUUUCGUCGAAAACGUUUGGCGUUUCCAAUCUGGGUAGACUUGUUACACCAAUAAGUAUAUUCACUGCCCACGCUAUUGAAGUGUGUCCCACACGGGCAGGCACUCGGGCGAUAGCAAGCCAUCUUUGAAGCGUUAGGAAGCGAGCGCGGACAUGGAUGACAGCGCCCCUGGCGGCGGACUUUGUCCCUAUCUUUGUGUGUGCCAAGUAUUCAUCUGUUUCUUUGAGUUAAAAACGACGUGGUAUACGCAAACAACCGCA